GAGCUUUCAUUUACGGAGACCUAAGCUCCUCACUCGCCAAACACCAGCCGCACCCUACACCACUCUUCUCCGACCAUCGGCGCCACCGCCUCUGGCAACACCGCCACCACCCCGGCGGAUCCCCCGGCACGACCAUCGGCUUGGACAUUCUUGUCGUCCACCUCCUCUCUGGCAAGCUGCUGCUUCUUAUACAAGUAUGGGAUUUCCAGAUGCUUCCAAGGAUCUUUCAUCAGAAAUGGAGGUUGAUGCCUUUAGGCGCCUUUUCCCACUUAAAUAUUUUGAGCGUCAUCUUGCCGAAGCUAUACGUCCUGAUGGUAGAUCACUUGGGAAAGCUAGAGAUACAACUGUAGUUCUUGGCGCUGUUGCAUCUGCUAACGGUUCAGCACUUGUAAAGAUUGGAUCAACUACUAUGCUGACCGCUAUUAAGAUGGAAGUUAUGACUCCAUCCUUGGAAUCACCAGAUGAGGGAUGUAUAGCUAUUGAUUUCCACAUGCCUCCAAUUUGUUCUCCAAUUGUUAGACCUGGAAGGCCUGCUGAAGCAGCACCAGUUAUUUCAAAGCAAUUGUCUGACACUAUUUCCAGUUCUGGAAGUAUUGAUUUAAAAGAGUUGUCUUUGGUUACUGGAAAAGCUGCAUGGAUGGCUUACUUGGAUGUCUAUUGUUUGGAUGCUGAUGGUGCUCUUUUUGAUGCAGCUUUACUUUCGGCAGUAGCUGCCUUAUCUCAUUUGCAAAUACCUGCCGUUGCAAUGAAUGAUGAUGGCAAAAUAGUGCUCUUGUCCGAGGAUGAUGGACAAAAGAAGGCACAAGAGCCAGUUAAUAAAGAGAAAAGGAAUCUUACACUAAGAAGCAUUCCAUUCUCGUUGACGUGCAUACUCCACAAGAACUACAUCUUGGUAGAUCCCACUGCUGAAGAAGAAUCUGUUAUGGAAACCGUGGUUACUAUAGCUUUAGAUACAUCUGGCCAACUUGUAUCCCUUUACAAGCCUGGUGGCCCAGUUCUUGCCUUCACAUCUGCUAUCCAGGACUGUGUUGCAUUGACUAGGCAAAGAGUAAAGGAACUAAAGGGCAUCUUAGAGGAAGCAAAUUCUACUAUGCAAGUUGAGUAGAAUUAGGAGUCAAAUUUCAGGGCUUUGAAUGGUUUGUAUAUUCUGAAUCACAGUUACUAAGACUUUAUUUAAAAUUUUUCCUUUUCAACCAUUUCAAUCUAUGACACGUUUCAAUACUAUUCUAAAUGAGUUACUUGGUUGAUAUUUUUACGGAAUUUUCAAAGGUGUGUAGAAAAACAUUUAUUGGAGUUUUUUGUAUUGGUAGAUGCAAGUUCAAACAUAAGUAAUUGGAAAGUUACAAUGACAUUC